AUGGACACGAGACCAACCUGGGACUGGAGUGCCACGACCGGACGCGAGUCCGCGCCGUACGCCGCCACAAAUCUCGGGACCGAAUCUUCGGGACGGUCACGGGCUGACGGCUCACGCGAUGCAUCUCCAGAUGCCCGUCCCGCAGAGGAGCCACGCGCGGCCCCUCGGGAGAAGGCCCAGAGCCGUCGCUACGGCCCGCGAACCUGUCGCAUCUGCCUAGACACCGAGCAGCCCAGGUACCCGACAGACAUAACGUCGACGCUCGGCAUCUCUUCCGCGUCGUCGCGACCGACCUACGUGUCCGACGACCCCGAGCUGGGCCGGCUGCUGUCCCCGUGCAAAUGCAAAGGCUCGCAAAAGUACGUCCACGAGGGAUGCCUCAACUCGUGGCGGCUGUCGAACCCAAUGGCGGCGCGAAACUACUGGCAAUGUCCCACGUGCAAAUUCAACUACCGGCUGGCCCGCCUGCACUGGGCAUCGAUGCUGAGCAGCAAGCUGGCGCAGGUUGCGCUGACGUUCGUCGUGCUCGUGGUCGGCAUCUUCAUCCUCGGGUUCAUCGCGGAUCCGAUUCUCGACCUCUGGUUCGACCCGGUCGGCACCAUCAGCGAUACGGUCACAAGUGUGGUCUCGGAUCUCGAAGCCAGGAGGCCGCCGCCGUACGAGCCGCCGACCACGUGGGCAGAGCACUUCACCAAAGGCUUCUUCUCUCUUGGCUUCGUCGGCUUCAUCAAGUCCCUCAUCGCCAUGGGCCCCUGGCAGUGGCUGAACCUCCGGACGAGCGGCUUGCUGGGGUCCGGGCGCCGGCGCGGCACCGGGCGCGCUCGGAUGGACAACUUCAACCUCUUGUUCGUCCUGAUUGGCGCCUUCACGUUCCUCAUGGCCAUCUGGAAGGCGGUCAGGGCGUUGAGCUCGCGGGUGCUGCAGAACAUGAGCGACAAGGUCCUCGACGUCGGCGAGGACACGGGUGACGAUGGCGACGACGACGCCGAGGGAGAAGCGCGUGACGAGCACAGGAAGGAUCAAUAA